AUAUCUGCGCCUGCGCGGUGCCGCUGCGGGGCCAGUCGGGACGGAGGAGACAAGAUGGCGCUGCGGGCGAUGCGGGGGAUCGUGAACGGGGCCGCGCCUGAGCUACCAGUACCCACCAGCGGGCCCCUGGCGGGGUCUCGAGAGCAGGCGCUGGCAGUUAGCCGGAACUACCUCUCCCAGCCUCGUCUCACAUACAAGACAGUAUCAGGAGUUAAUGGUCCACUAGUGAUCUUAGAUCAUGUUAAGUUUCCCAGAUAUGCUGAGAUUGUGCACUUAACACUACCUGAUGGGACGAAGAGGAGCGGGCAAGUUCUAGAAGUUAGUGGUUCCAAAGCUGUGGUUCAGGUAUUUGAAGGGACUUCAGGUAUAGAUGCCAAGAAAACGUCCUGUGAGUUUACCGGAGAUAUUCUCCGAACGCCAGUGUCUGAGGAUAUGCUUGGUCGGGUAUUCAAUGGAUCAGGAAAACCCAUUGACAGAGGUCCUGUUGUCCUGGCUGAAGACUUCCUUGACAUCAUGGGCCAGCCAAUCAACCCUCAAUGUCGAAUCUAUCCAGAGGAGAUGAUUCAGACUGGCAUUUCGGCCAUAGAUGGCAUGAACAGUAUUGCUCGGGGACAGAAGAUUCCUAUCUUCUCUGCUGCUGGCUUACCGCACAAUGAGAUUGCAGCUCAAAUCUGUCGCCAGGCUGGUUUGGUAAAAAAAUCCAAAGAUGUAGUGGACUACAGUGAGGAAAAUUUUGCAAUUGUAUUUGCUGCUAUGGGUGUAAACAUGGAAACUGCCCGGUUCUUCAAAUCUGACUUUGAGGAAAAUGGCUCAAUGGACAACGUCUGCCUGUUUUUGAACUUGGCUAAUGACCCAACUAUUGAGCGAAUCAUCACUCCUCGAUUGGCUCUAACCACGGCCGAGUUCCUGGCCUAUCAGUGUGAGAAACAUGUAUUGGUUAUCCUAACAGACAUGAGUUCUUACGCUGAAGCACUUCGAGAGGUUUCAGCAGCCAGGGAAGAGGUUCCUGGUCGACGAGGUUUCCCAGGUUACAUGUAUACAGAUUUAGCCACAAUAUAUGAACGCGCUGGUCGAGUGGAAGGUCGAAAUGGCUCUAUUACUCAAAUUCCUAUUCUCACCAUGCCUAACGAUGAUAUUACUCACCCAAUCCCUGACUUGACUGGAUAUAUUACAGAGGGGCAGAUCUAUGUGGACAGACAGCUACACAACAGACAGAUUUACCCACCCAUUAAUGUGCUGCCCUCCUUGUCGCGGUUGAUGAAGUCUGCUAUUGGAGAAGGCAUGACGAGAAAGGAUCACGCCGAUGUGUCUAACCAGCUGUAUGCAUGCUAUGCUAUUGGUAAGGAUGUGCAAGCCAUGAAAGCUGUCGUUGGAGAGGAAGCCCUUACCUCAGAUGAUCUUCUUUACUUGGAAUUUCUGCAGAAGUUUGAGAGGAACUUUAUUGCUCAGGGUCCUUACGAAAACCGCACUGUGUAUGAGACUUUGGACAUUGGCUGGCAACUGCUCCGAAUCUUCCCCAAAGAAAUGCUGAAGAGGAUCCCUCAGAGCACCCUGAGCGAAUUCUACCCUCGAGACUCUGCGAAGCAUUAGCUGCUACUUCAUCGCUGGCUCGAUGCUCUUGUGAAGUACUGGUUCUAUUUUCUUUAUUCCUUUUGCACUCCCCCAUCCCCACCUUUGUGUUGGAGUUUACUGUGUUACCCUGUAAUUAAAAACGAAGACUAGGUAACAUACUGUGCCAGUGUUGCAAUGUUUUAAACUGCUAACAGACUUUAAAAUAUCCCCUGUUUAGAAAAACCUGGAUCCUUCCAACGCUUUCUUUAAAGCAGCUGAGAGUUGGAGGUGGAGUUUUUCGUCGAUGUGUGUAUUUGUACAUAGUGGUGUACCUGACUGCCUAGUGUCCUCAUUAUUGGGGUCUCUUAGCCCUUGCCUCUCCACCCUGGCAAUAGUAUCACUAUCUGAAGUUACAGUGCUUUGGUCUCCGAGCUAGGGACAAGAGAGGGGUCUGAAAGACACUUCUCAGAGCCAAGAGGCUUUCCUGAGCGCUGGUUUUAGAUUUUGGUAUGCCUCGGGGUCUGUGCCGCUGCUCUCAGCAGAUGGUUUUUACUGCCCGCCUGCUCUUUCCUGUCUAAUAGAUACAUUAGAAAAGGAGUUUCCUUUUCCUCUUUGGUAUGGAUUAUCUUCAACCCCCGUGUCUUACUGCUCUUCCUCCCUAUGAGUAACACAGAAUCAUGCCACUUUUGCCCUGCUGGCAUCGCUCUGAGCAGCAAGAUGCCCUGUCCUCAUGAUCCUUACUGGGUUUCCAUGCAGAAGAAUCAUCAUUACAAUAAUUAAUAGAACUGUUGUUUGGAAAGAGUUGGGGUACAAUUUUUUUUAAAGUAAAAAAAAAAAAUCCUUUCUACAUUUGGACAUGCCAACAGUGGUUUUAAGUUUGUAGAAUGUUGACCAGAUGCUAAAAAGGCAAGUGGGGAAGAGAAAGCACUUCUGUUUAUGGAUUUUUUAAUUUAAUGUACGGAUAUUUUAAACUCUGUUAGAUAGUAGCCUUUGGGAAAUCCCCUGUUCGGUCCUGCUUUUCGACCUCUUUGCCUUUUCAGGGUAAUCUUGUGGCACAAGUGACAGCAUUAAGAGCUUUAGCCUUUUAAUUCCUCUUCCUUCCUGCUGCGAGCCCUGAGCUGUCUUCUAUGCACUUCUGACAUGUCUACUGUUGGGUCUCUUUGUGUUCUCUGUUCCUUGGGUGCAAUAGCAGCUUCUCUGUGCAUUCCAUCUUUCUUUCAAGUUGUGUAAAGUUCUUCACUUUUUUCUCUGAAGGUGUCGGGGGUGGGGGUGGGGGAGGUCAGCAUGAUUAUAUUUUAAUGUAGAAAAUGUGACCUGGAUAUAAAAUGAAAAUAAAUAUUAAAUUAAAUGAAAGUUA